AAUUGGCUCGAUAACUCUUGAUGACGUGUUCGAGUGUUUACCAGCUCUAAUUAUCAGUAUAAUAUUCAGCUCUAAAUUAAUGAUUAUAAUGUUAAAUAGUAAGAAAGUAAGUGAUGACUCUUCAAACCCGCAUUAACACUUGACUUUUAUGCAAAAAAAUGUUACAAUAGCAAGAAAUACGGCGGCAUGUGUUUAGGUAAAAAUAUGUCUUAACAUAAUACGAGAGGAUUGGCUAUCAGCAAAUACAGAUGUAGAAAGGAUUAUUCUGCAACGACAUACAAGGUAUGGGCAAUAUUUGGCGGCAUUUUAUGCAGCUUUCAUGCAUGUGACGUCGGGUCUUUUUAUAUUUAAACCAAUCAUGCUGACUCUGAUGGCGAAUGAUAUCUUCAAUGUGACAAAAUCUUCUAUACCAAUUGCAUCGAGAUUACCAUUUCGUGUUGAAUACGGAGAGAAAUUCAAUCAAUAUGUUUAUCCAAUAACAGUACAUAGUUAUACAGCCGUGUUCGCUCACACGUUUGCCACAAUCGCGGUUGAUGGCUUGUACUAUUGUUUAAUUCAGCAUGCCUGUGGAAUGUUCUCAAUUAUUGGAAACACAUUGGAGAACAUUGGCAAAAAUAACGGCAACAUUUUUGAUACAAAACAAGCUAAGAUACAGGACAGUAAUUACAGUAAAACUUUAUACUGUUUACGUAGACAUCUCCUUGUGAUAGAAUUUGCGGAACAUAUCGAAUCGUUAUUUACGAAGAUAUUUUUAAUUAAUCUUAAUUUAAAUAUGAUCGCUGGAAGUUUAACCGGUAUACAAGUGUUAAUGAAUUUAGACAAGAGCGUAAAUGAUGUCGCUGGGCCGGCAACUAUCUAUAUUGCACAAUUCCUUCAUUUGUUUCUUCAUUUCUGGCAAGCUCAAUUUUUACUUGACUACAGCGUCCUUCCAUAUGAAUCUAUGUAA